AUGACAGGUUACUUUUUACCACCACAAACAAGUUCUUACACGUUCAGGUUUGCUAAGGUCGAUGACUCUGCAAUUCUAUCAGUCGGUGGCGACGUUGCAUUCGGAUGCUGUGCACAAGAGCAACCUCCAAUUACAUCCACAAACUUUACGAUUAAUGGUAUCAAGCCAUGGCAAGGAAGAUUGCCCGAUAACAUUGCAGGGACUGUGUAUAUGUAUGCUGGAUUCUACUGUCCAAUGAAGAUUGUCUACUCAAACGCUGUUUCUUGGCAUACACUGCCAGUUAGCGUGGAAUUGCCUGAUGUUACUACUGUUAGCGAUGAUUUUGCAGGGCACGUUUACUCUUUUGACGAUGACCUAACAGCCCAAUUGUACUAUCCCUGA